UACUCUAGCUCUCACUCAGAAUCCAACUUCAGCUUCCUGUUUUUCCUCGGCUUGAAAACACCGUGAUUCAAAAGACACUUUAUUUCGACUCUUGUCACUAAGAACCAGAGAUGUGCGCCCUUCGACAGAGAGCCGCUGAUCUGGUGAGAGCCUACGAUCAGAUGUUAGAGCAGCAGAUUCUGGGGCGUGGCUCCAGUCUGGCCUGCAAGGAUGAGACUCUGUGUCAGGAGGUGGAGGGGCUGCUGAAGGACUCAGAUCCUCGCGAGGUUCACUGUCUUGGUCUGGAUCCUCUCCGGGUGAUGGAGGAGUCGCUGAAGGUAGGGGCAGCGGCAGCUCCGUCUGGAGCCUACGGCAGGAGCAGGAAAUCCAGAAGAGGCCUUCAGGGCCUGGCUAUAGCCUUCGAGGUCCUGGAGCAGGCAGCGUUGAACCUGUACCUGGGUCCCUGGAGGAAUGAGUACAAAGUCAUUAAGAUGUACUCCGGUACCUUCACCCACUGCAUCAGCCCGGUGCUUUCAAUGCCUCAGACGGAGACCCUGUUUGGACUGUUGGGUUAUCGGCCCAGCCCGGCCCAGCAGCUCUGCCUCCAGUCGCCCAGAGUUAGCCCUGCUUCACUGGAAGACCUCCUACGCAUGUCUUGCGCCUUCUUCGUUGCUCGCUGCGAGUGUCGCCUCCUUCUGGGCGCUCUGGGGAAACGUGUCGGAGACACCCAGUAUGAACUGGCCGUGGUGAAGGAGAGGCAGAGAGGACACGUCCUGCAGGUCGCCGUUGACAACACUGAGAUGCAGCUUUCAGUCAAGCAGCCAGCUGGGAUGGAGCAGAUUGAUGUAGAAGUGGAUAUGUACAGAGAUGAGCAGAUUAACGGUGGGCAGGAGGACUUUAUGAGUGAUGAUGAAGACCCGCCGACAUCUACCAGAGACUAUCAAGACAAUCUGACUCCCCCUGGUGCCCACAGACCCAGAAACGGGCCAAUUUCACCAGGAAGUAGAAGCAAACCUUCAUAUGAAGACCCCCGAUUUGAUCAUUUGGGCUCGAAGGAGAUGGGAGUUCCAGGGAGGGACAGGGUUAAAACUGAUGUCGGCUCCCUCUGCGACUGCGUUGGGGAUCGUCCUCUUCGUCUUCAUCGCUGCUUUGACUGCAACGCCUUCCACGAUAUAACUUGUCUCUUGCUGGCUGAAUGCAGAGUGCAAGGCCACAGGAUACAAACUGUGGAGGAGUCGGCUGACGACCCCACCCAGAGCAGACACCUCAAAGUUCCUGAUGGUCUCAGCAGCGGAGUUCCAGCAGUUUCCACCAUUGGCCACCACAGUGCCGCCUCAGAAAGCCCAAAGGUGGAACCAAUCAGCUACCACUGCGACUCAGCUAAGGUGGACCCCCGGCUCCUGUGUCACACCUGUAAGGUUUUCCACGGCAGCCAGUGCGUCCAAGGGAAACUCUGCCGAACAUCGCAUAAUACCAUCCCGCUGGGGACUUGCUCCUGUGGGAAGUUCUGCAACAGGAAGCCCUUGGUUCUGUGCCAUUACUGUGGAAAUGAGUACUGCAGCCAGUGUUGGUACAAAAAUCCUGUUACAUGCAGCUGCGGCCAAACCUUCGACCUAUCCACAUCUGUUUGAUUACUUUCUGAGAAGUUUUGCACUAAUGAGACACAUUCAACUGAAUCAGUGCCUUAAAUGUGAAUGUUGCCUCUUUUUGUUUCACUGUUACCUAGAUGUUGCCAUGUACUAAUCGUAAUUCCUCUUUUUGGAAGGAUGGGGGAUGUCGGGGGCAGCAGCAGACUCCUGGGUCACUCCACUGUAGCUUAAGGCACAACCGUCUGUGCUUCUGUUUGUUGUUUGCACAUCGUGUGGAGUAAAAAGGGUGCUCUCACUGUU